UGGCGUCAACAUUGCGAGGACCAAUGCGAACAUAAAGAAAUUUUCAUCGAUUAGCGCUCAAACUCAGCUCUAUCCAACUGUAUUACUGCAAUAGCAGAAGCCUAGGCUCCUGCUUUCUUUCUUCGCCCGAGUAUUUUUAUUAGCAUACAUGUCUGUCGGGGAGAAUUAGGGUUUCGGACUGCGGUUUAUUGUGUGCAUCAAUGGUCCAGAGAAGGAGAAAACCUCUGGUUCUCUCUUCAACCAAAUUACUUGUUGAUUCUGUACUCAGCUUGUCCACUCUUUGCGAAGGGGACCAAGUCGCUGGAGAUGAUGUCUCGCCGAGUUUACAGUUACGAGCGGGAAUUCUCCGGUUCUCCAAGUCCAGCGUUUCAGAUUCUAAACUAACUUCUCUUGACGACUCUGCUUUGGUUGGGCUCUCCACUGCUGUUCUCAAGCGAUUAGCUGUAACUUCUGGUUCGCUGGUGCUUAUCAAGAAUAUUGAAACAAAUGCACACAGGAUUGCCCAGGUUGUAAUUCUAGAUCCCCCAAGAACUCAUGGACAUGCAUCUGGUGAUAAAGGACCAGUUUCCCAUCCUCCGAACACAAUGAUCGUUUUUCCUUCAUUUAGACUGCCUUCAGACGACAUUCCAUUAUUAGACCAGGAUAUUGCAUAUCUCUCUCCUCUAUUAGCGUUUAACCUUGACUUGCAUGUAUCUUGUUUGAAAUCACUUGUUCACCAAGGGAAUGAGACCUUAGCAUCUCUUUUUUAUGCUAAAAUGGACAAUGAGACUACUACAGAAGUUGGUGAUGGUUCUUUAAUCACUUUAGGAUUGGAACCCUUGGCUCAACUGCCAAGGUACGCCUCACACUUAAGAGUUUCUUUUAUCAAGAUACCAGAAUGUGGUACACUGGAAUCUUUGAAAGGAAGUUCAUCAGUUGAAGCUGAAGAACGCCAAGAAUUGAUUGAUUUGGCAUUACACAACUAUUUUAAAGCUGAUAGAUACCUAGCAAGAGGUGAUAUUUUCAACAUCUGCAUAAAUUGGAAUUGCAAUUCGGUUAUUUGCAUUCCUUGCAGCCAAAGGUCACAAAAUAGAAGUGAUAACGUUAUCUACUUCAAGGUAGUUGCUAUGGAGCCAUCUGAUGAAAUCAUUCUUCGAGUAAACCACACUCAAACAGCCCUAGUUCUUGGAGGGACUGUUCCUUCUGCUCUUCCCCCAGAUCUGCUGAUUGGUGAAACCAAAGGUUUUCCCCCUUUCCAGGGGGACACAGUAAAAACUUUGGCCUCCAUUCUUUCACCACCAUUGUGCCCAUCGGCGCUUUCUUCAAAAUUCAGAAUUUCUGUGCUACUAUAUGGUCCAGCAGGCUGUGGAAAGAGAACUGUAGUUAGACACAUUUCUCGUCGCUUGGGCCUUCAUGUUGUGGAAUUCAGCUGUCAUAAUCUUAUGUCAUCCUCUGACAGAAAUACAUCUGUUGCAUUAGCUCAGGCUUUCAACACUGCUCAAAGAUAUUCACCUACAAUUCUUCUUCUGCGUCAUUUUGAUGUCUUCCGAAAUUUGAACUCACAAGAUGGUUCAUCAAAUGAUCAAGUUGGUCUUACCUCAGAAGUUGCAUCAGUUAUUAGGGAAUUCACUGAACCAGAUGUUGAAGAUGGUGACAAGUACUCCAAUGGAAAAUUAAAUGGUGAUCCUCCAGUCAAGGAUGCUGGAAAAAUAAGUAGGCAUCAGUUACUGUUAGUCGCAACUGCUGAGAGUUCUGAGGGUCUACCUCCAACUGUAAGGCGUUGCUUCAGCCAUGAAAUAAGCAUGGGUCCUCCCACUGAGGAACAGAGGGUUGAAAUGUUGUCUCAGUUACUGCAAAGUGGUUCAGAGCUCCUCUCAAGUAGUGGGUUGGAGGAUGCAGUGAAGGACAUAGUGGGACAGACAUCUGGUUUCAUGCCACGCGAUUUGCGUGCUUUAGCUGCUGAUGCUGGUGCGAAUUUAAUCUCAAAGUGCAAUACUCAAGUUGAUGAAGCUAAGCUCGAGGAAAUGGGUAGUUCUCUUGGAGUCAAAGUAGUGCAGGACGAUGAAACAUGCAAUGAUAUUCCUAAUGUUAUGGGGAAAGAAUAUUUGCCGAGAGCCUUGGAACGCUCUAAGAAGAGGAAUGCAUCAGCACUAGGUACUCCAAAGGUUCCUAAUGUGAAGUGGGAAGAUGUUGGUGGACUAGAGGAGGUGAAGAAAUCAAUUUUGGAUACUGUUCAGUUACCUCUCCUGCAUAAGGAUUUAUUUUCAUCUGGCUUGCGUAAGCGCUCUGGUGUUCUGCUGUAUGGUCCUCCGGGGACAGGAAAGACUUUACUGGCAAAAGCUGUAGCAACAGAAUGUUCCUUAAAUUUUCUAAGUGUAAAAGGGCCUGAAUUGAUCAACAUGUACAUAGGAGAGUCGGAGAAAAAUGUCCGUGACAUUUUCCAGAAGGCAAGGUCAGCACGCCCCUGUGUAAUAUUCUUUGACGAACUUGAUUCUCUUGCACCAGCUCGUGGUGCCUCAGGAGAUUCUGGUGGUGUAAUGGAUAGAGUAGUUUCUCAGAUGCUCGCAGAGAUUGAUGGCCUAAAUGAUUCCACACAAGACCUCUUUAUCAUAGGAGCAAGCAACAGACCAGAUCUAAUUGAUCCAGCACUUCUUCGGCCAGGCCGAUUUGAUAAGCUGCUAUAUGUUGGAGUUAACUCUGAUGCAUCUUACAGGGAGCGGGUCCUUAAGGCGCUUACUCGUAAGUUCACAUUGCACCAAGAUAUCUCUCUUUACUCGAUAGCAAAGAAAUGCCCUCCAAACUUCACUGGUGCAGACAUGUAUGCUUUAUGUGCAGAUGCCUGGUUUCAUGCUGCAAAGCGCAAGGUUUUGAGUUCAGAAUCAGAUUCUUCUUCCCAGGUCCAUCAACCUGAUUCGGUGGUCGUUGAAUAUGAUGACUUUGUAAAGGUCUUGGCUGAGCUGUCUCCUUCCCUCUCCAUGGCAGAGCUUAGGAAAUAUGAGAUGUUGCGAGAUCAGUUUGAAGGAGCACCAAGAUAAAGUUACGGUGAAAUUCUGUACUAUAUCACAGUGUUGUUCUAAGAUCUGCACGCAUUUGUAUGCCAUAUACAGCAGAAUGGUGGUUGAUUAUUUGUGGUACAAGAAAAUUAUACAAGUAAUAAACAUAUGCUGACACAAGAACUCCAUGCAGUGUUUCCUUUGCUUAUGUUGCCAAAGAUUUGUUAUCUUAAAUGGGGCCGCUGCUUGGAAUUUAACAUGUCUUCGUAAUAUAGUUUGGACUGGGUUAUCGAUCCCAUGAAUUUACAUCCCAUGUGCUACUUUUGGAAUGCCAUGCUGAAUUGUGAAUGGUGGUUUAGACUUGAAGCAAUUGGAUUGCUUCCUGUAUCUGCACAUUUUUGUCCGUGUAUGAAGCUUAUUGUCAUUUUGUGAGGA